UAACAACUUACUUUUUUAAUGAAAAUGCCCAAAUCUGUAAAGGCGAGAAUGAUGAUUGAUGUCGACAAAGCGCCUGCCCGCAAGAAAACAAAUCCGUCUAAAUGUGGCUCUGAAGAAAGGGAGCCUGCUUUCAACCUGAUCACAAACUUGGUUUUGAAGGGAGAGCGCCCCGCCCUCCUGGUCCUUAUAACCAGAAAGCCUGUUUGCAGGACGCUCAAACAUAACAGGAACACUGGAGACCACAUCGCUGUGCAUGAACCAUUCCUGGAGACGAACUCUGGCUACAAAGACCUUACGGAUUACUCUGGUUGUUUCACCUUAUGACCGCGAGCAAACGACCAGAAGUGGCCAUGGAUUUUCUCAAUCACAACUACUUGAAUGCGCGCAGCCCAUAUGACUAUACUUUCAAUUUCUGGAACGACUAUCUCGGGCUGACGACGUUGGUUACGAAGAAUAAUAAGCUCAGCAUGCCCCAGAACCCCAACUCCAUCACCGAGUCCCUGAAGGCGACCCUGGGCUUGGACGACUCCCCUCCGUGUCCGUGCGUAAUCGCGGGCGGCGUUGGAGAGAGCGGACAUCUGGACUGCUGCUGCCCGUCCGGGAGCCCCCCGCCGGCCUCCAUCCUGGACUUGAAGGAGCGUUUCUCGAUCCUGAGCCCCUUCCAGAACCAGCUCGGCGUCCAGCUGCCGGAGCGGGAGGUGGGCUUUGCGGGGAGCUUCGCGGGGUUCGAUCUGUUCGGCAUGGAGAGGAAGAUGCGCAAACCCGCUUCCAGGAGCAAGCAGGAGCCCAAAAUCUGCGUCUUCUGUCGAAAUAACGGAGCGCCCGAGGAGGUGUACGGCUCCCACGUCCUGAAGACUCCGGACGGCAGGGUUGUGUGUCCGAUUCUGAGGGCUUACACCUGCCCCCUUUGCAGUGCCAACGGGGACAAUGCCCACACGAUAAAAUACUGUCCACUGUCUAAAGACCAGCCAUCCCAGCGACCAUUAAAGGGAGGGAGGGCUGUGGGUGGUAAGAGGAUGAAAAUAUUCUAAACAGACAUGACUAUAAAGUAAAUUUAAUUGCACUGAACAAUUUCCAGAUGACUGUUUUGAUUUCGGCUCUAGCCUUUAUCCCAGUUUCAUAAACAUAUUGAUUUUAUCUUUUUUUCCCUCUAAGAUCUCUUAUAUUUUUAUAGUUCUUUUAUCCACAUAGAAUAAUUUUAUGCUUUAUACAUUGGAUUUAUUUUUCUUGCUAGUUUAUAGUCAUUUGAGCGUGUGCAUAUAAAUACAUGUAUCAAUAAUCACAAAGUGUGAAUACGUUUUAAGAAAAAAGUAUUUUGGUCAUGUAGGGAAACACACUGACAUUGGCAAAAGGGGAUGAAUGUCAUAUUUCUAUCAAGUAUUUUUGUACGGUGAGCUAAGCUCGCUGCGAUUUUCUUUCUCGUCUUAGAAAACCAAAGUUAUGUUUGCCAUUAAAGAAGCUCAAGAAUGUGUCAUUACUGAGUACUUGUGUGCGUCUGACUGGAGGAGGAACUCUUUGAUCCCAUCUGCCUGCCUAAAAAACUCCACAACAUAUUUUCCAACUUGCUCUAAAAGUUGACAUUCAAUCUGCGAGGCAGGAAGAAAAAAAAAGAGACAAUGUGGCCUCUGUUUAGGGCUCAUGUUCUCUGGGGAACAUUUUAAUCAAUUGUUGCCAUGCCAAACCUCUUCUCCAACCCUAUGUGAUGAUCUGACUUUACAAGCAGUUAGAAAUGAGAGAUACUAGCCUUCAUUUCUUUAUGUUUACAUUCCCAAAUAAGGGCGACACACUGGAUUUCCUUUCUCUGUCAGGUCUCUCUUUCUCUAUGGUGUUUUUUUUGUUUUUGCCCUGACAACGUAUCCACCAGAGAGUCUCACGGGCAGGUCGUGCUCUGUGAGUCCCAGUAACCUUUCACUCAGAGAGGGGUGAAAAAGAGCAAAUGAAUGUUAGUAAACAAUAACAUGUUAUCCCAUCAUUUCCUUUUCUGAAGAAUCCAAAAAAAAAGAUGCAAAAAUGUUGUGAAUGUAUGAUUGAAAGUGUCACUUGCAGGACUGCACAUUUCUGACAGUUUUGUUUACCAAAGGAAUACAAUUGCAUUGAAGAAAGAAGAGAGAUUUGCUGUAUUGUAUAUAAAGUGAUGUUUAUUCAGUAUUUUAACAUUACAAGUGACUUCAGAGGGCGCUACCUCAACAGGAUUUUGUACUUACAUGUAAAAUGUCAACAGCAGUUUAUUGAUAUAGUGCUGCCAUUUAUAAUAAGGGUUUUGAUAGUAUUUUUGAUCUUUGUAUAACAUAAUUGUAUUUUCAUUUUGUUGCAUUUAACAUUAUGGAAGUGAAUUUCCAAGAAGCUAUAAGCAUUGCUCACCAAAAGGUGAUUGUCUGUAAAUAAUGAUUAUACCCAUACUUUUUAAAGUUUAGUUGUUCAAUGUUACAUUCUUGAGAGUGUGCAAGAGAGUGGAUAUUGAAAAAGGCUGACAAAAAUUUGCCACUUUUAACAGAGGUUUUUUGAUUAAAUGAAUAAUAGAAAAAGAAACACUGUUGAACUUUGUUAUUUAUAUUUUACCACGAUUUCCUGUAUGCUGCUGUGCAGAAUAACAACAUAUGAAUCCACUAGAGAAAUAAAAACCUAUCAAAUA